AAAAAGCGUAAACAUACGGAAAUGUUUACAUGAAAAAGCGUAAACAUCCGGAAAUGUUUACAUGAAAAAGCGUAAGCAACCACGGCAGACAAAAGCAUUAGUUUUCUCCAAAAUGCGUUCGCUACUAGUUGCCUUGCUGAUAUUUUCCUUCCUACAAAUCAUCCGAACUGAAUGGCCAAGAAAUGCGUUUCAAGCAACUAAUUAUCUCAUACGAUAUGGUUACCUGACACCAGAUUACACACUUAACGACCCAAAAAUAGCGUAUAUCAAAGCAAUGAAGAGAUUUCAAAUGAGAGCAAACUUGGAAAUUACAGGAAAGUUGGAUAGAUUUACUAUAAAACAAAUGCAGAAAAAACGCUGUGGUGUUUUUGAUAUGAUCCCCUCUAGGCGUGAACCAAUACAAUUUAGAAUUUCAAAGCGCUUCGCUCUUCAAGGUUCCAGGUGGCUGUAUACAAACUUAACAUACAACAUUAAAACAUACACAUCAGAUCUUACUAAACAGCAAGUUGAUGACACCAUUGAAGAAGCAUUCCAAAUAUGGAGUCGUGCGAGCAUGUUACGUUUCACAAGAAUUUAUGAAGGAACAGCAGACAUUGAAGUUGAGUUUUGUAUUGGAGACCAUAAUGAUGGUGUUCCAUUCGACGGCCCAGGCAACACCCUUGCGCAUGCUUUCUUCCCAAAUAAUAUUACUGACUUAUUGAGUGGAAAUGUACAUUUUGAUGACGAUGAGAAAUGGGUGUUAGGAGAUGAAAAUGGAACUAGCCUACUUUGUACUGCUCUACAUGAACUUGGACAUAGCUUCGGACUCGGACAUUCCACGCAGUAUCAGGCUAUUAUGUGGCCAUUUGAUAAAAAGUGUGAUGGCGGGAAACUCUCCAUCGACGAUAUAUUAGCUAUACAAACGUUGUACGGAAAACCAGUCAGCACUAAAGAACUAAUAACUGAUAAAAAUCCCAAGACAACUAUUCCUAUGACAACACAAGAAACUGCUUCAUAUGUGAAAACAACUUACACUACACUUUCCCCAGAGGAGGAAGAUUUAUGUGAUGUCUCAGUGAAUGCUCUUACAGUUGCCAUGGAUGAUAAACUUCUUAUAUUCACAGAUAAGAAAGUUGCUUAUUGGUCCAAAGGUCGCUUGAUUACAGAACAAAUUGAAGAUAUUUUUCCUAAGGGCCCAAAUUCCAUAGAUGCUGCAUUCACAAUAAAUCUCAGCAGCGAAGACUCUGAUGGAAAACUAAGCUUUACAAUACUUAUCAAGCUGGACAAGGCCUGGAAAUACUAUUAUGACUUCCAAAAACGAAGAUUUAAUUUGGCACCUGAUUAUCCCAAGAAGAAUUGGUACAAAUGUUGUUACCGUGUGUGUGAUGAAAUUCAAGCAGCAAUUAGUAUUAAUAAUGUUGUGUUCCUAUUUACAGGACAUACAUACGAAGAAAUCAAAUACAAUCCAAUGGAUGACAGCUUUGUGAGUGUGACCAAGGUCUCUGUUGAUAGCUUACCAAUGUUGUCGCUUCUACCUAUAUCAUGGGUGAUUGGUGCUGCUGCUUAUCAACCAAACAGCAUUGUCCACAUAAUAGCUGAAGGGAGACUAUACACCAUCACUAUCAAUGAUGAUCUUUUUCCUUCAAAAGUAACAAGUGAAUUUUCCCUCAGUGCACUGUUUAGAUGUAAUAACACCGAAAUGCAGUUUCUUCGGUUUGAUGGUUCAGUGAAGGAAUGCUGGUUUUAUCAUGACAACAGUUUUGAUGACCAUGACAAAGGCAAAAAUGAAAGCCAUACAUAUACAACUUUCAACACACCAUACCACCAGCCUGGAAAUAAGCCUGAUCACAAUUCCCAACAUGAGCAUCAUCAUAAACAUCAUCACAUACCCCAUCAUAAAUCACAUCACAAAGUUCACCAUAAACCACAUCACAAAGUUCAUCAUAAAUCACAUCACAAGGCUCACCAUAAACCACAUCACAAACAUCAUGUCUUUAAAAAAAACCAUAAACAUUAUAAGAAAAAUCACAAAACCCAUAGAAGACACUUUAGAAAAAACAAAAAGAACACAUAUUAUGGAGUUUAACUUUAUAUACACAUACAACACACAAACAUACCUACUGACAUAUAUAUACAUAUACAUACACGCAUGCACAUACGUACAUACAUUGAUUGAUUAAUUGAUUGAUUGAUUGACUGGGUGAUAAGAUGCAAGAAUAAGCAUCGAAUAGAUAUACACAGAAUUAUAGUUUGGGUUGGUCACAUUCUUAAACUCCAUUUUCCUAAUUAGGAUAAAGUCUAGCAGAAUAAGAGUUGGCUAUAAAAUAUACACUGUUCAAGUGAGUAAAAAACUGACAGACAGUAUUUCAUUUAUAUAAGGUUUUGGCAAUGUUAAGUCAUUAUAAGAAGAAUGAAUGAAAAAAACUUAGUUGAGAUGUACUCCACUUCUAUAUUUCGUUCCAGCUUACUUUUCUCUUAGUUAUAUGCUCCUCCCAUCUUAUCAGCCCUCCUUUCUGAAAACAUUAAAUCAAAUGGAGCCAUUUUCUCUCUGCUUCCCUUGCCUUGACAGUGUUACUAACAAGUCUGCAAUUGCUCUACUUCAUAUUUGUGAUCUGAACCGAUCUGAGCCAAAUCCAAGUCUCUUUUGAUCAAUUUGCAUGGUACCCAUCAUAUUUCAGUGUUUAAGUGAAGACAGGAUGUCAUCAGUUUCUACUUCUACUUUCCUGGCUGUUUUUUUACGUCUAGUUAAUUAUUCCUGAUUUCUAUAUCCUUCGACUCUUUUAGCAUCAUCACUGUUCAUAUCUUCCCUGCUUUAAAAGUUUUGAUAAUUGGUAUCAGUGGUAAUUGCAGUGAGCUCCUUUUAUAAUAAAGAGCUAAGCUAUUCAUUAUCCAUGGUAUAUCUAACCAUUUCCUAAUAAACAUAUGGCACUUUUGCUCAAUGACUUGAACCUGUGAUGGUGCCACCUCGUAUACUAAUAGUGGCCACAAAAAGUGUGGAUGUAAGCCAAAUUUUAGACACUUUCUUGGUAACUUUGAACCAUCAAUUACUUUUAUUUCAUCAUCGAUUUGCUUCAUAGUCUGCAUCCUGUGACUUCUGUUUGACAAUGUUCCACCAUAUGCACACCCCAGUCUUGUUUGUUGAUGUUCUCUCUUUUCUGUUAUUUUAAAUUUCACUUCUUUCUGCACUCCCCUAAUAAAUGUCAGAUUGUGUGACUUUGCUCUGAA